GUGUUAAUGUGUUCACUUUAUUCUUUUUGAGUUUUGUCAAAAUUCGGUCGAGAGUAGUGUCGGCCACUUUAAUCUAGUUCUUGUCUUAAAAAGAAAGAAUAGUUUUUCUUGCAAAAUGUUUUUUUUCUUUAAAUCAAAUAAGUAACUAAACUUCUCUCGUGACUUGCAUUAUUUUCCUAGUAUUAUUAAUAGUACAAAAUUUAAUUUGAUUGAGAAAAUCUAUACAUACACAGAGACUUACUUUAUAUGUAAAGGAGGCAUUGACGUGACAAACCGUCCACCGUCUUCCUCCUCCUACUCCUUGUCUCCGCAAGCAUGCCCCCUUCCUCCUCCUCCUCAUCAUCCCUCCACCCCUGCAAGCAUUCCCCGUCGGCAACUCUCGACCUCCUAAUCCUAAUCCUCGUCCUCUUCUCCGGCGCAUUCCUCAUCUCCUCCUACUUCUCAUACCUAAUCCACUCCUUGUCCCUCCUCUCCUCUCAUUUCCCAUCGAUCGCCCUCUCUCUCUCCUCUCUCCCUCUCCCUCUGAUCCUCCUCUUCUCCGAUCACGACCACGAUCCCGACGAUGAAGAUCACGACGGAAUCUCUCUGGCGUCGUUCUUGUUCGUGUUCGCGGUCUUCUUCGCUGCCUCAGUCGCGUUCCUCGACCUGUGCUGCGGCUCGAGGUCGAGGAGGUGCCGUAACCCUAAAUGCAAAGGGCUGAAGAAGGCUAUGGAGUUUGAUUUGCAGCUGCAGACGGAGGAGAGUGUUAGGGCGGGAUCGGGGAAGGAGAUUGAUCGGUUGCCGUGGAAAGGAGGGAGCGAGAGUAAUCCUGAUUACGAGUGUUUGAGAGCUGAGCUUAGGAAGAUGGCUCCGGUUAAUGGUCGAGCUGUUUUGCUUUUCCGGUCAAGGUGUGGUUGCCCUGUUGCUAAGCUUGAAGGGCGGGGGCCUAAGAGAAGCCGCCGUCAUAAAAAAUUGCCGGCAAAGUUAGCUGUAAAGGGGUGUGUAGACAAUCACUGACCUGGAAAAUCUCCAAACUAUACUUACAGAUUAUCACAUUAAAAGUUGUUGCAAAUUACACAUUUGCAAUUUGCAGGUUCUUCCUCUCAGAUUACACAUUCAUUUAGGAUUAUGAGGAAAACAUAAAAGUAUUGAAAAUUUUCCAUUUCCUAUAGAGUUAAUCCCUAAAACUUUAAAUGCCUUCUUUGAACACUUGUAUAACUUAUAUGUACUAUGAAAAAUUCAAUGUUAUCAAAAAUCAAAUACAUAAAAUAAUGUUUUAUUUUC